AUGCCGGUAGCAGCUUCUGCUAUUUACUUCCUCAAUCUUCGUGGUGAUGUUCUCAUCAAUCGCCUCUAUCGUGAUGAUGUCGGAGGCAAUAUGGUGGAUGCUUUCCGAACGCAUAUAAUGCAAACGAAAGAACUUGGCAUUUGUCCUGUGCGGCAGAUUGGUGGUUGCUCUUUCUUUUACAUGAGGAUCAGCAAUGUCUACAUCGUGAUUGUUGUCAGCAGCAAUGCUAAUGUUUCUUGUGCAUUCAAGUUUGUUGUCGAGGCAGUUGCAUUGUUUAAAUCUUAUUUCGGUGGUGCUUUCGAUGAAGAUGCUAUCCGCAAUAAUUUCGUUUUAAUAUAUGAACUGUUGGAUGAAAUAAUGGAUUUUGGUUACCCUCAAAACCUUUCACCUGAAAUCUUGAAGCUUUACAUAACUCAGGAAGGUGUACGCUCACCAUUUUCAUCCAAGCCUGCAGACAAACCAGUUCCGAAUGCUACUUUGCAAGUAACUGGUGCUGUUGGUUGGCGGAGGGAAGGUCUUGUCUAUAAGAAGAACGAGGUAUUUCUUGAUAUCAUCGAAAGUGUUAAUCUUCUUAUGUCUUCUAAAGGUAGUGUCCUACGUUGUGAUGUAACUGGGAAGAUUCUCAUGAAAUGCUUCCUUUCUGGAAUGCCUGACUUGAAGUUGGGCUUGAAUGAUAAAAUUGGACUGGAGAAAGAGUCGGAGAUUAAGUCUCGUCCUACUAAAAGUGGAAAAACAAUCGAGCUUGAUGAUGUAACUUUCCACCAGUGUGUCAAUCUAACAAGAUUCAACUCAGAAAAGACUGUUAGUUUUGUUCCUCCAGAUGGCGAAUUUGAAUUAAUGAAGUAUCGUAUUACGGAGGGAGUAAAUCUUCCAUUUCGGGUACUGCCAACUAUCAAGGAAUUGGGAAGGACACGCAUGGAAGUGAAUGUUAAGGUGAAGAGUGUUUUCGGGGCAAAAAUGUUUGCGCUUGGAGUGGUUGUUAAGGUUCCAGUACCGAAACAAACAGCAAAAACAAGUUUUCAGGUGACAUCUGGCCGAGCAAAGUAUAAUCCAUCUAUUGACUGUUUGGUUUGGAAGAUAAGAAAAUUUCCUGGACAAACUGAGCCAACAUUGAGUGCUGAAGUAGAGUUGAUUUCAACAAUAACGGAAAAAAAAUCUUGGACUCGGCCACCUAUUCAGAUGGAAUUUCAGGUUCCCAUGUUUACAGCGUCUGGUUUACGUGUUCGUUUCCUCAAGGUAUGGGAAAGGAGUGGAUACAACACAGUCGAGUGGGUUCGUUAUAUUACAAAAGCUGGUUCAUAUGAGAUUCGAUGCUAG